AUGCCGAUGGCGAAGAAGAAGAAGUUGGAGAAGGAGUCGAAUAACCACUUACCCCAAGACAUCAUCGUGCAUAUUCUCUCCAGGUUGCCAGUCAAAUCCCUGAUCCGCUUCAGCUGCGUCUCAAAACGGUGGCGUUCCAUAGUCACCGACCCUGAAUUCGCUAAAUCCCAGUUCAAGGUAGCGUCUGAGAGGCAAACCCUCCGUCCCAGACUCCUCGUCUCCACCGAUUCUCAUCUCCAAUCCUUGAACUUGGAGGAGACGGCGUCGUUUGAUGACAAUUCUGCGGUCAGAGAGCUGUCCUGCCCAUUCAAGAAAUCAGGCAGUCGUCUGGUAUUACUGGGCUCGUGCAAUGGCUUGGUAUGUGUAGCUCUUGAUUUUCAUGAAAGCUAUUAUAUCUGGAACCCAUCAACUGGGUUCUUCCUGAAAUUGCCUAACCCUGGAUUUGCAUCAAAAAGUGUUGGCAAUGUUUAUAAUUAUGGUUUUGGUUAUGUGGCGGCCACUGAUGACUACAAAGUUGUUGCGGCAGCUCGUUUGAUUGAUCCAACGGACAGGGACCCUGUUAAGGUCUUCUCUUUGAGAGCCAACUCUUGGGAAAGGAUUGCAGCCCCCAAGUUAUCUAAUUGGUCCAAUGGGGUUCUUUCAAAUGAGGCACUCCAUUGGCAGCACUGCCUGUUUGAGCCAUUCAGACAAGCUAUCCUUGCUUUUGAUUUGGCCAAGGAUGAGUUCCGGGAAGUGGCAUUGCCUAUUUUAAACGAAGAUAAUGUCAAGUUCGGACAAGUAGGGGUUCUUUUAGAAGGAUGCCUGUGUGUAACGACUCAUGGGAAGACCGAUCCUCACUGUUUAAUGAGUAAUAGGAACCCUGAACUUCACCAUAUUGAAGUCUGGGUCAUGAGAGAAUAUAAUGUGCGUGAAUCUUGGACUAAGCUUUUUAAGCUUAAGCUCUCAGGUCACCCAGAGCAGAUGUGGCCUUCCAGGCCUAUCUUCUUUCGGGAAAGUGGUGCAGUUGUGAUGCAAAGUCGUAACAUGGAGGCGGAGUUGACAUGGUUUGAAUCAAAGGAAGACAAGUUUUGUAACCCAAUAAAGGGAAAAGCCAAGGUUUGUGACCGCAUAGAGAAAGAAGACGAAUUUGAAAAGGAUGUGGUUUGCAGUGAGCUGUAUAGGCUUGAGGGGUCUCCCCUUGUGGAUAACGUGGUUGAAUAUGUUGAGAGUCUGCUACCGUUCUUCUCCAACAUUAAUGUGGCAGAUGAACAAACACCUCCAGUAGAAAUUCCCAUUCAACAUCUGAUCACUGUCCAACAGAUUACUGUUGAGAACAUUAGCAGUAUGAUUCCGAUGAAGCUAACCCACACUAAUUUCACUCAGUGGAAAUGGCUAUUUCUUCCAGUUCUCAAGAAAUAUAGUGUACAAGGUUUGGUUGAUGGGACUGAGAUCUGUCCACCUGCUUUUCUGCUGGAUAAAAAUGGUAAAAUCUCCAAUCAUGUGAAUCCAGCUUUUGAAAAAUGGAUGGACCGAGAUCAAAGUGUAAUGGUUUGGCUGAAAUCAAGAAUCUCUGAAGAUUUAUUAUCAUAUACAGUUGGGGCUUCUUCCUCUCGGGCACUCUGGAUGGCCCUGGAGAAACUUGUCGAUGCUUCUCAUUCUCAUUUCAGUUGA